AUGCAGUUAUUAAUCGGUUUUUGGAUAACUCUCGCAUUUGUUAUUUAUAUUUUCGCAGGACAUAUAUAUAAUCCAAAACGAAUACUUCGCGUAAAGGAUCCAGAUUCCAAUCUGAACUUUGCCGUCUUCUUAUAUUUAUUAAAGCCAUUGGCUUCGCACGAUGCAUGUUUUGCUGAUUAUGAUAAUCCGAUGUCAACCAAUCGAUAUAGAAAAAUUACCGAAGUAUCAUUUAAUAAUAAAUACAAUCAAACAUGCCGUCUGCACUACAUUCCCCACUAUAAAUUCAUUAAGUCAAAGAUUACUUCAGAGACUACAAAUAAAAGUAACUACCGGACGCACUUCUUAAAUACAAUUCUUAGCUGGCGGAAUGCAGUCUUCAACCUUUUCCCAGCUUGCAACUAUCACUUCUUUUGGGUGCAAAAUCUCCAAAUUGCAUGCAAACAUAUUCAAAAAUUGAGCAGUACAAAGAGGAGGAUUGUUGCUAACAAAUUAUUGGAAUCAAAGAAGCUAAAACUGUCUGAAAUAGGGCUUCGUCUUGACUCAAAAAUACUACGGUUUUUUUUAUUGAUUCUAAGACGAAGGAUUUCAUUAUUAAACACGCCUCGAGGACUCAAGAAAAAAAGAAUGGAAAAGGCUGAAUUUUUCGAAUAUUUGUCGGCAACCGAAACACCCGAACUAUUUGAUAAUUUAGAGCAUUUAGAAAAUAACAGAAAACUAAAUUUCGCUUCACAAGAAAUAUUGGAACUGCAUAAUCAGACUAAUUUUAAAGAUAAACAACAUAUAUAUAUAUGGAAAAACUUAACAAGGUCCAUAAACAAAGAUGAUAAUGUAAACCAUAUUGUUACAAAAGUAAACAUGAGCGAUUACCAAUCAAAAAAUACAAAAUCGCUUAACCCCAUUGAGGAUAUUUUACCUUCACCAUCUACAAAAACGUAUAAUUUAGGAAGAUUUGCCAGAAACCAAGGAUUGUUACAAAUGGAAACGACUCCAAUAAUCAGUGCAAAAAUAAAUUUUUCAAGUUCGGACUCGGACUCAACAUCAGAUUGUGAAUUAUGCUCUGAGUCAUUAGAUGAAACAACAAAUCUUUUCGAUUCUGCCGAAACCUGCGAGGAAUGUGCUUCACUAAGCUCAAAUAUUUUUGAUGAGCCUACUCCAACGAUAAGCGAUUCAUCGUCCACUGAAAGUAAUGUUGAAUUUCUACAGAAUUUUUCAUAUAAUAUUACAGAGCAAGCAACUUCGAUCGUUACAACAAGAAAUCCGGAGCUAAUGAGUGCUAGUAUAAAAUAUCCCAUAAGUAAAUAUAUCACAACAACAAUCGAUUCGACAAUUUUAGAAAGAACGAUAAUCAUAUUUGGCUACUUUACAGAAAUAAUAACAAUGAUUAUAUUUGAAUUUGAAACAAUAACUUUCAGCGACGAUACUGAACCAAACUCAGAUAUAACUGGAUAUACAUCAACCGAAUGCACAAAAUGUUCAGAGCUAACAACCACUGUACCUAUUGAAACCACUAUUGAACGAACCAAACUAUCAGAAACUCCACUUCAAUUGAAUCAAAUGUCUGGUCCUUCAGUCCAUUUUUCGACUCCGAAGAAAUCAACAAUUCGUUUGGCAUCUCCACUUCAGUUAAAUGCAGUAACAGACAGUUCUAUCGAAGUUUUGAAUACGAAAAUCGAUCAAUUUGAGGCGGAAGAAGAAUCGAAAAUUUCGGAAUUUCUAACAGAAAACCAGCCAAGUACGAACAACGUACAAUUGACAAGCACAGAAACAACGAAACUAUCACAAUCCAUAAACCACAUAAAAAACCAAAAAAUCAAAUUAGGAAAAAAUGCAGAGGCAUCAUCCCACUUUAAUAUACUGCCAGGUGCUCUACACACUAUUUCGACCACAGAAAGAGAUCAUCCAACAGAAGUAAAGAAGCAGUCAGAAACUUUACCUCUGCUAAGUCCAAAAUCAAUUGGUCGUAAUAUGUGCGAUUGCACUUGCAAAUUGGAAAUAGCCAUAGAUUCGUGUAUAUGCGAGUGCAACCUUAAAGAAAGCACUUCAGAUAUCUUCGAAAGUGUAACGGCAAGUGCAUCUAAACAGUCAUUACCCACAGAAACAAAUCGAAAACUCCACAGCAUGAAAGAUUAUGCCCCAAAUGGUACUUCUUUACUAACCAAGGCUAGUCCAAAACCUUUCAGUAUUGAAGAUGUGUCAACUAAAGGAAAUGUUGCUGGUAAGAAAACCACAAUGCCAUCGGAGCUUUCAUCCUUGGUCAAGAUAGAGCCGCUAAAAAACAGUAAACAAUCAACACAUGAUGUUUGCGAAUGCACUUGCCUAUUAGAACAUGGAAAUGACUCGUGUAUCUGCAACUGUAUGACAGAUUUUAAUUCAACAUCAAUACAAAUUUCGAGUACAGGAUCAGAUCAAACAUCCCAAAACAAAAUGGGAAAUCCAUCGCAAUCUGUUCCUCUGUUGUCCACAGAAUUUAGUGAUCUAAUCAAAAUUUCAACCACAGACAAAAUUCAUGAUUCUCCACUAAAAUUGAGUACAACUUCUAGUGGUCUACCAAAAAAACAGACCACUGGAAUAAGCCAUUUACUUUUUCUUAGUACAAUAUCAAAAUCAAGUUCUCAUGGCUGUGAUUGUACUUGCCAAUUGGAAUCAGAAAAAGACUCCUGUAUCUGCGAAUGCAACCUUAAAGGAAGCACUUCAGACGUCUCGGCAAGUGAAUCUAAUCAGCCAUUACCCACAGAACUCCACAGUGUGAAAGAUAAUAUCCUCACAACAAAUGGUGUUACUGAUAAUAAAACCACAACGCUAUUAAAGCUUUCAUCGUUAGAAAUGAAACUAUCUACAGAAAAUGUCUGCGAAUGCACGUGCCUAUUAGAACAAGGAAAUGACUCGUGUAUCUGCAACUGUAUUACAGAUCCCACUUCUAUUAAUGUAUCUAUCUUAACAGCAAGCCAAAUAAUAUCAAGCGAAGAUAUUCAGUACUCCUCAAAUCUACCUUCAUAUAAAAGUACACUAGAAAAUACAAAUACCAAAGAGAAAAAUACAAAUCUGUCAACAUCAUUACAAAUUUCGAGUACAGGACCAUAUCAAAUAUCCCAAAACGAAAUAGAAAAUCAAUCGCAAUAUGUUCCUCCUUCGAGCACACUAUUCAGUGAUGUAAACAAAAUUUCAACCACAGACAAAGAUAACCCAACUGAAGACGAAGUAGAAAAGAUAUCGAAAUCUCCACUAAAAUUGAGUACAACUUCUACUGGUUUACCAAAAAUACAGACAACUGAAAUAAACCAUUUACCUUUCCUAAGUACUAUAUCAAACUUUCAAUUUGAGCAAUCAAGUUUUCAUAUCUGUGAUUGUACUUGCCAAUUGGAAACAGGAAAAGACUCGUGUAUCUGCGAAUGCAACCUUAAAGAAAGCACUUCAGACGUCACGGCAAGUAAAUUCAAUCCGUCAUUAUCCACCGAAACGUAUCAAGAACUCUUCAGUGUGAAAGAUAAUGUCCCAAAACAGGAAGAAAAUGGUACUAUUUUGCUUACAGAGGCGAGUCCACAAUCUUUCAGUAAAGAAGAUGUUACAACUGAAGAAGAUGUUACUGGUAAUAAAACCACAACGCUAUCAAAGCUUUCAUCUUUAAUUAUGAUAGAUCCAUUAACAAGCAGUAAACUAUCUACAGAUAAUGUUUGCGAAUGCACUUGCCUAUUAGAACAAGGAAAUGACUCGUGUAUCUGCGAAUGCCUCAAAGAAAGCACUUCAGAAGGCUUGAAAAGUGUUAAAGCAAGUGAACUUUCUAUUUAUAUCCCGCAAUCAAGUGCAACAGCAAAUAGUUUACUUACAGAUUCGAGUGCAGAAGAGCAAACAAUCCAAAAGGAAACAUCGGAACUUUCAAAAUCUCUACCUCAAUUAACAACAGAAGAAAGCAGUUCAUUCCAAGAAUCCAGUGCGGAAGAAAAUCAAAUGACAGAAGUUCCAUGGACACUAUCAACAUCACUUUUUCAAUUAAGUUCAAACACCAAUAAUAUAUUUUCGAGUCCGAGUGUAAAUGAAGCCAAAACAUCUCAAGAAGACACAAGGACACUAUCAACUUCUUUCCCACAAUCAAGUACAACAGCAAAGAGUUUACUUACAGGAUCGAGUGCAGAAGAGCAUACACUUCAAGAAGAGACAUCAGAACUUUUAAAAUCUCUCCCUCAAUCUUCAAUAGGAGAAAUAAGUUCAUUUCAAGAACACACAACAGAAGAAAGCAGUUCAUUUCAAGAAUCCAGUGCAGAAGAAAAUCAAAUGACAGAAGUGCCAUGGACACAAUCAAGUUUAAGAACAAAGAGUCAGAGUCAGAGUGUAAAUGAAGACAAAACAUCUCAAGAAGAUACAAGGACGGUAUCGGUUUCUCAAUCAAGAACAACAACAAAUAGUUUGCUUACAGAUUUUAGUGCAGAAGAUCAAACAAAGCAAGAGGAAACAUCGGAACUUUCAAAACCUUUACCUCAAUUUAAAACAGAAGAAAGCAGUUCAUUAAAAGAAUCCAGUUCGGAAGAAAUUCAAAUAACAGAAGUGCCAUGGACACUAUCAACAUCACUUUUUCAAUCAAAUUCAAACACGAAUAAUAUAUUUUCGAGUCCGAGUGUAAAUGAAGACAAAACAUCUCAAGAAGACACAAGGACAUUAUUAACUUCUUUUCCCCAAUCAAGUACAGCAGCACAUAGUUUACUUAUAUAUUCGAGUGCAGAAGAGCAAACAAUCCGAGAGGAAUCAUCGGAACUUUCAAAAUCUUUACCUCAAUUAACAACAGAAGAAAGCAGUUCAUUCCAAGAAUCCAGUGCAGAAGAAAAUCAAAUGACAGAAUUGCCAUGGACGAAACCAAGUUCAAAAACAAUGAACAUAUUUUCUAGUCAGAUUGUAAAUGAAGACAACAUUUCUCAAGAAGAUACAAGGACACUAUCAACUUCUUUCGCACAAUCAAGUACAACAGCAAAUAGUUUACUUACAGUUUCAAGUGCAGAAGCGCAUACAAUUCAAGAAGAGACAUCGGAACUUUCAAAAGCUCUACCUCAAUCUACAAGAGGAGAAAUAAGUUCAUUUCAAGAACACACAACAGAAGAAAGCAGUUCAUUUCAAGAAUCCAGUUCGGAAGAAAUUCAAAUAACAGAAGUGCCAUGGACACUAUCAACAUCACUUUUUCAAUCAAGUUCAAACACGAAUAAUAUAUUUUCGAGUCCGAGUGUAUAUGAAGACAAAACAGCUCAAGAAGAUACAAGGACAGUAUCAAUUUCUCAAUCAAGAAAAACAACAAAUAGGUUACUUACAGAUUUGAGUGCAGAAGAUCAAACAAAGCAAGAGGAAACAUCGCAACUUUCAAAAUCUUUACCUCAAUUAACAACAGAAGAAAGCAGUUUAUUUCAAGAAUCCAGUUCGGAAGAAAUUCAAAUAACAGAAGUGCCAUGGGCACUAUCAACAUCACUUUUUCAAUCAAGUUCAAACACGAAUAAUAUAUUUUUGAGUCCGAGUGUAAAUGAAGCCAAAACAUCUCAAGAAGACACAAGGACACUAUCAACUUCCUUCCCACAAUCAAGUACAGCAGCACAUAGUUUUCUUACAUAUUCGAGUGCAGAAGAGCAAACAAUUCGAGAGGAAACAUCGGAACUUUCAAAAUCUUUACCUCAAUUAACAACAGAACAAAGCAGUUCAUUCCAAGAAUCCAGUGCGGAAGAAAAUCUAAUUACAGAAGUACCAUGGACACAAUCAACAUCACUUUCUCAAUCAAGUUCAAAAACAAAAAAUAUAUUUUCGAGUCAGACUGUAAAUGAAGACAACAUUUCUCAAGAAGAUACAAGGACACUAUCCACUUCUUUCCCACAAUCAAGUACAACAGCAAAAAGGUUACUUACAGUUUCAAGUGCAGAAGAGCAUACACUUCGAGAAGAGACAUCAGAACUUUCAAAAGCUCUACCUCAAUCUACAAGAGGAGAAAUAAGUUCAUUUCAAGAACAUACAACAGAAGAAAGCGGUUCAUUUCAAGAAUCGAGUGCCGAAGAAAAUCAAAUGACAGAAGUGCCAUGGACACAAUCAAGUUCAAGAACAAAGAGUCAGAGUCAGAGUGUAAAUGAAGACAAAACAUCUCAAGAAGAUACAAGGACGGUAUCGGUUUCUCAAUCAAGAACAACAACAAAUAGUUUGCUUACAGAUUUUAGUGCAGAAGAUCAAACAAAGCAAGAGGAAACAUCGGAACUUUCAAAACCUUUCCCUCAAUUAACAACAGAAGAAAGCAGUUCAUUCCAAAAAUCCAGUGCGGAAGAAAAUCUAAUUACAGAAGUACCAUGGACACUAUCAAUAUCACUUUCUCAAUCAAGUUCAAAAACAAAAAAUAUAUUUUCGAGUCAGACUGUAAAUGAAGACAACAUUUCUCAAGGAGAUACAAGGACACUAUCAACUUCUUUCCGACAAUCAAGUACAACAGCAAAAAGUUUACUUACAGUUUCAAGUGCAGAAGAGCAUACAAUUCGAGAAGAGGCAUCAGAACUUUCAAAAGUUCUACCUCAAUCUACAAGAGGAGAAAUAAGUUCAUUUCAAGAACAUACAACAGAAGAAAGCGGUUCAUUUCAAGAAUCGAGUGCCGAAGAAAAUCAAAUGACAGAAGUGCCAUGGACACAAUCAAGUUCAAGAACAAAGAGUCAGAGUCAGAGUGUAAAUGAAGACAAAACAUCUCAAGAAGAUACAAGGACGGUAUCGAUUUCUCAAUCAAGAACAACCACAAAUAGUUUGCUUACAGAUUUUAGUGCAGAAGAUCAAACAAAGCAAGAGGAAACAUCGGAACUUUCAAAAUCUUUACCUCAAUUUAAAACAGAAGAAAGCAGUUCAUUUCAAGAAUCCAGUUCGGAAGAAAUUCAAAUAACAGAAGUGCCAUGGACACUAUCAACAUCACUUUUUCAAUCAAGUUCAAACACGAAUAAUAUAUUUUCGAGUCCGAGUAUAAAUGAAGCCAAAACAUCUCAAGAAGACACAAGGACACUAUCAACAUUCUUCCCACAAUCAAGUACAGCAGCACAUAGUUUACCUACAUAUUCGAGUGCAGAAGAGCAAACAAUUCGAGAGGAAACAUCGGAACUUUCAAAAUCUUUACCUCAAUUAACAACAGAAGAAAGCAGUUCAUUCCAAGAAUCCAGUGCGGAAGAAAAUCUAAUUACAGAAGUGCCAUGGACACUAUCAACAUCACUUUCACAAUCAAGUUCAAAAACAAAAAAUAUAUUUUCGAGUCAGACUGUAAAUGAAGACAUUUCUCAAGAAGAUACAAGGACACUAUCAACUUCUUUCCCACAAUCAAGUACAACAGCAAAUAGUUUACUUACAGUUUCAAGUGCAAAAGAGCAUACACUUCGAGAAGAGACAUCAGAACUUUCAAAAGCUCUACCUCAAUCUACAAGAGGAGAAAUAAGUUCAUUUCAAGAACAUACAACAGUAGAAAGCGGUUCAUUUCAAGAAUCGAGUGCCGAAGAAAAUCAAAUGACAGAAGUGCCAUGGACACAAUCAAGUUCAAGAACAAAGAGUCAGAGUCAGAGUGUAAAUGAAGACAAAACAUCUCAAGAAGAUACAAGGACGGUAUCGAUUUCUCAAUCAAGAACAACAACAAAUAGUUUGCUUACAGAUUUUAGUGCAGAAGAUCAAACAAAGCAAGAGGAAACAUCGGAACUUUCCAAAUCUUUACCUCAAUUUAAAACAGAAGAAAGCAGUUCAUUUCAAGAAUCCAGUUCGGAAGAAAUUCAAAUAACAGAAGUGCCAUGGACACUAUCAACAUCACUUUUUCAAUCAAGUUCAAACACGAAUAAUAUAUUUUCGAGUCCGAGUAUAAAUGAAGCCAAAUCAUCUCAAGAAGACACAAGGACACUAUCAACUUCCUUCCCACAAUCAAGUACAGCAGCACAUAGUUUUCUUACAUAUUCGAGUGCAGAAGAGCAAACAAUUCGAGAGGAAACAUCGGAACUUUCAAAAUCUUUACCUCAAUUAACAACAGAAGAAAGCAGUUCAUUCCAAGAAUCCAGUGCGGAAGAAAAUCUAAUUACAGAAGUACCAUGGACACUAUCAACAUCACUUUCUCAAUCAAGUUCAAAAACAAAAAAUAUAUUUUCGAGUCAGACUGUAAAUGAAGACAACAUUUCUCAAGAAGAUACAAGGACACUAUCAAUUUCUUUCCCACAAUCAAGUACAACAGCAAAUAGUUUACUUACAGUUUCAAGUGCAAAAGAGCAUACACUUCGAGAAGAGACAUCAGAACUUUCAAAAGCUCUACCUCAAUCUACAAGAGGAGAAAUAAGUUCAUUUCAAGAACAUACAACAGAAGAAAGCGGUUCAUUUCAAGAAUCGAGUGCCGAAGAAAAUCAAAUGACAGAAGUGCCAUGGACACAAUCAAGUUCAAGAACAAAGAGUCAGAGUCAGAGUGUAAAUGAAGACAAAACAUCUCAAGAAGAUACAAGGACGGUAUCGAUUUCUCAAUCAAGAACAACAACAAAUAGUUUACUCACAGAUUUGAGUGCAGAAGAUCAAACAAAGCAAGAGGAAACAUCGGAACUUUCCAAAUCUUUACCUCAAUUUAAAACAGAAGAAAGCAGUUCAUUUCAAGAAUCCAGUUCGGAAGAAAUUCAAAUAACAGAAGUGCCAUGGACACUAUCAACAUCACUUUUUCAAUCAAGUUCAAGCACGAAUAAUAUAUUUUCGAGUCCGAGUAUAAAUGAAGCCAAAACAUCUCAAGAAGACACAAGGACACUAUCAACUUCCUUCCCACAAUCAAGUACAGCAGCACAUAGUUUUCUUACAUAUUCGAGUGCAGAAGAUCAAACAAAGCAAGAGGAAACAUCGGAACUUUCAAAAUCUUUACCUCAAUUAACAACAGAACAAAGCAGUUUAUUCCAAGAAUCCAGUGCGGAAGAAAAUCUAAUUACAGAAGUACCAUGGACACUAUCAACAUCACUUUCUCAAUCAAGUUCAAAAACAAAAAAUAUAUUUUCGAGUCGGACUGUAAAUGAAGGCAACAUUUCUCAAGAAGAUACAAGGACACUAUCAACUUCUUUCCCACAAUCAAGUACAACAGCAAAUAGUUUACUUACAGUUUCAAGUGCAGAAGAGCAUACAAUUCGAGAAGAGACAUCAGAACUUUCAAAAGCCCUACCUCAAUCUACAAGAGGAGAAAUAAGUUCAUUUCAAGAACACACAACAGAAGAAAGCAGUUCAUUUGAAGAAUCCAGUGCAGAAGAAAAUCAAAUGACAGAAGUGCCAUGGACACAAUCAAGUUCAAGAACAAAGAGUCAGAGUCAGAGUGUAAAUGAAGACAAAACAUCUCAAGAAGAUACAAGGACGGUAUCGAUAUCGCAAUCAAGAACAACAACAAAUAGUUUACUUACAGAUUUGAGUGCAGAUCAAACAAAGCAAGAGGAAACAUCGGAACUUUCAAAAUCUUUACCUCAAUUUAAAACAGAAGAAAGCAGUUCAUUUCAAGAAUCCAGUUCGGAAGAAAUUCAAAUAACAGAAGUGCCAUGGACACUAUCAACAUCACUUUUUCAAUCAAGUUCAAGCACGAAUAAUAUAUUUUCGAGUCCGAGUGUAAAUGAAGCCAAAACAUCUCAAGAAGAUACAAGGACACUAUCAACUUAUUUCCCACAAUCCAGUACAACAGCAAAUAGUUUACUUACAUAUUCGAGUGCAGAAGAGCAAACAAUUCGAGAGGAAACAUCGGAAAUUUCAAAAUCUUUACCUCAAUUAACAACAGAAGAAAGCAGUUCAUUCCAAGAAUCCAGUGCGGAAGAAAAUCCAAUUACAGAAGUACCAUGGACACUAUCAACAUCACUUUCUCAAUCAAGUUCAAAAACAAAAAAUAUAUUUUCGAGUCAGACUGUAAAUGAAGACAACAUUUCUCAAGAAGAUACAAGGACACUAUCAACUUCUUUCCCACAAUCAAGUACAACAGCAAAUAGUUUACUUACAGUUUCAAGUGCAGAAGAGCAUACAAUUCGAGAAGACACAUCAGAACUUUCAAAAGCUCUACCUCAAUCUACAAGAGGAGUAAUAAGUUCAUUUCAAGAACACACAACAGAAGAAAGCGGUUCAUUUCAAGAAUCAAGUGCCGAAGAAAAUCAUAUGACAGAAGUGCCAUGGACACAAUCAAGUUCAAGAACAAAGAGUCAGAGUCAGAGUGUAAAUGAAGACAAAACAUCUCAAGAAGAUACAAGGACGGUAUCGAUUUCUCAAUCAAGAACAACAACAAAUAGUUUACUUACAGAUUUGAGUGCAGAAGAUCAAACAAAACAAGAGAAAACAUCGGAACUUUCAAAAUCUUUACCUCAACUUAAAACAGAAGAAAGCAGUUCAUUUCAAGAAUCCAGUUCGGAAGAAAUUCAAAUAACAGAAGUGCCAUGGACACUAUCAACAUCACUUUUUCAAUCAAGUUCAAGCACGAAUAAUAUAUUUUCGAGUCCGAGUGUAAAUGAAGCCAAAACAUCUCAAGAAGAUACAAGGACACUAUCAACUUCCUUCCCACAAUCAAGUACAGCAGCACAUAGUUUACUUACAUAUUCGAGUGCAGAAGAGCAAACAAUUCGAGAGGAAACAUCGGAACUUUCAAAAUCUUUACCUCAAUUAACAACAGAAGAAAGCAGUUCAUUCCAAGAAUCCAGUGCGGAAGAAAAUCCAAUUACAGAAGUACCAUGGACACUAUCAACAUCACUUUCUCAAUCAAGUUCCAACACAAAAAAUAUAUUUUCGAGUCAGACUGUAAAUGAAGACAACAUUUCUCAAGAAGAUAUAAGGACACUGUCAACUUCUUUCCCACAAUCAAGUACAACAGCAAAUAGUUUACUUACAGUUUCAAGUGCAGAAGCGCAUACAAUUCAAGAAGAGACAUCAGAACUUUCAAAGGCUCUACCGCAAUCUACAAGAGGAGAAAUAAUUUCAUUUCUAGAACACACAACAGAAGAAAGCAGGUUAUUUCAAGAAUCCAGUGCAGAAGAAAAUCAAAUGACAGAAGUGCCAUGGACACAAUCAAGUUCAAGAACUAAGAGUCAGAGUCAGAGUGUAAAUGAAGACAAAACAUCUCAAGAAGAUACAGGGAUGGUAUCAAUUUCUCAAUCAAGAACAACAACAAAUAGUUUACUUACAGAUUUGAGUGCAGAAGAUCAAACAAAGCAAGAGAAAACAUCGCAACUUUCAACAUCUUUACCUCAACUUAAAACAGAAGAAAGCAGUUCAUUUCAAGAAUCCAGUUCGGAAGAAAUUCAAAUAACAGAAGUGCCAUGGACACUAUCAGCAUCACUUUUUCAAUCAAGUUCAAGCACGAAUAAUAUAUUUUCGAGUCCGAGUGUAAAUGAAGCCAAAACAUCUCAAGAAGAUACAAGGACACUAUCAACUUCUUUCCCACAAUCCAGUACAACAGCAAAUAGUUUACUUACAGUUUCAAGUGCAGAAGCGCAUACAAGUCAAGAAGAGACAUCAGAACUUUCAAAAGCUCUACCGCAAUCUACAAGAGGAGAAAUAAUUUCAUUUCAAGAACACACAACAGAAGAAAGCAGUUCAUUUCAAGAAUCCAGUGCAGAAGAAAAUCAAAUGACAGAAGUGCCAUGGACACAAUCAAGUUCAAGAACAAAGAGUCAGAGUCAGAGUGUAAAUGAAGACAAAACAUCUCAAGAAGAUACAAGGAUGGUAUCAAUUUCUCAAUCAAGAACAACAACAAAUAGUUUACUUACAGAUUUGAGUGCAGAAGAUCAAACAAAGCAAGAGAAAACAUCGCAACUUUCAACAUCUUUACCUCAACUUAAAACAGAAGAAAGCAGUUCAUUUCAAGAAUCCAGUUCGGAAGAAAUUCAAAUAACAGAAGUGCCAUGGACACUAUCAGCAUCACUUUUUCAAUCAAGUUCAAGCACGAAUAAUAUAUUUUCGAGUCCGAGUGUAAAUGAAGCCAAAACAUCUCAAGAAGAUACAAGGACACUAUCAACUUCUUUCCCACAAUCCAGUACAACAGCAAAUAGUUUACUUACAGUUUCAAGUGCAGAAGCGCAUACAAGUCAAGAAGAGACAUCAGAACUUUCAAAAGCUCUACCGCAAUCUACAAGAGGAGAAAUAAUUUCAUUUCAAGAACAUGCAGAAGAAAAUCAAAUGACAGAAGUGCCAUGGACACAAUCAAGUUCAAGAACUAAGAGUCAGAGUCAGAGUGUAAAUGAAGACAAAACAUCUCAAGAAGAUACAAGGAUGGUAUCAAUUUCUCAAUCAAGAACAACAACAAAUAGUUUACUUACAGAUUUGAGUGCAGAAGAUCAAACAAAGCAAGAGAAAACAUCGCAACUUUCAACAUCUUUACCUCAACUUAAAACAGAAGAAAGCAGUUCAUUUCAAGAAUCCAGUUCGGAAGAAAUUCAAAUAACAGAAGUGCCAUGGACACUAUCAGCAUCACUUUUUCAAUCAAGUUCAAGCACGAAUAAUAUAUUUUCGAGUCCGAGUGUAAAUGAAGCCAAAACAUCUCAAGAAGAUACAAGGACACUAUCAACUUCUUUCCCACAAUCAAGUACAACAGCAAAUAGUUUACUUACAGUUUCAAGUGCAGAAGCGCAUACAAUUCAAGAAGAGACAUCAGAACUUUCAAAGGCUCUACCGCAAUCUACAAGAGGAGAAAUAAUUUCAUUUCAAGAACAUGCAGAAGAAAAUCAAAUGACAGAAGUGCCAUGGACACAAUCAAGUUCAAGAACUAAGAGUCAGAGUCAGAGUGUAAAUGAAGACAAAACAUCUCAAGAAGAUACAAGGAUGGUAUCAAUUUCUCAAUCAAGAACAACAACAAAUAGUUUACUUACAGAUUUGAGUGCAGAAGAUCAAACAAAGCAAGAGAAAACAUCGCAACUUUCAACAUCUUUACCUCAACUUAAAACAGAAGAAAGCAGUUCAUUUCAAGAAUCCAGUUCGGAAGAAAUUCAAAUAACAGAAGUGCCAUGGACACUAUCAGCAUCACUUUUUCAAUCAAGUUCAAGCACGAAUAAUAUAUUUUCGAGUCCGAGUGUAAAUGAAGCCAAAACAUCUCAAGAAGAUACAAGGACACUAUCAACUUCUUUCCCACAAUCCAGUACAACAGCAAAUAGUUUACUUACAGUUUCAAGUGCAGAAGCGCAUACAAGUCAAGAAGAGACAUCAGAACUUUCAAAAGCUCUACCGCAAUCUACAAGAGGAGAAAUAAUUUCAUUUCAAGAACACACAACAGAAGAAAGCAGUUCAUUUCAAGAAUCCAGUGCAGAAGAAAAUCAAAGGACAGAAGUGCCAUGGACACAAUCAAGUUCAAGAACAAAGAGUCAGAGUGUAAAUGAAGACAAAACAUCUCAAGAAGAUACAAGGACGGUAUCGAUAUCGCAAUCAAGAACAACAACAAAUAGUUUACUUACAGAUUUGAGUGCAGAAGAUCAAACAAAGCAAGAGAAAACAUCGCAACUUUCAACAUCUUUACCUCAACUUAAAACAGAAGAAAGCAGUUCAUUUCAAGAAUCCAGUUCGGAAGAAAUUCAAAUAACAGAAGUGCCAUGGACACUAUCAGCAUCACUUUUUCAAUCAAGUUCAAGCACGAAUAAUAUAUUUUCGAGUCAGACUGUAAAUGAAGACAACAUUUCUCAAGAAGAUACAAGGACACUAUCAACUUCUUUCCCACAAUCAAGUACAACAGCAAAUAGUUUACUUACAGUUUCAAGUGCAGAAGAGCAUACAAUUCGAGAAGACACAUCAGAACUUUCAAAAGCUCUACCUCAAUCUACAAGAGGAGUAAUAAGUUCAUUUCAAGAACACACAACAGAAGAAAGCGGUUCAUUUCAAGAAUCAAGUGCCGAAGAAAAUCAUAUGACAGAAGUGCCAUGGACACAAUCAAGUUCAAGAACAAAGAGUCAGAGUCAGAGUGUAAAUGAAGACAAAACAUCUCAAGAAGAUACAAGGACGGUAUCAAUUUCUCAAUCAAGAACAACAACAAAUAGUUUACUUACAGAUUUGAGUGCAGAAGAUCAAACAAAGCAAGAGAAAACAUCGGAACUUUCAAAAUCUUUACCUCAACUUAAAACAGAAGAAAGCAGUUCAUUUCAAGAAUCCAGUUCGGAAGAAAUUCAAAUAACAGAAGUGCCAUGGACACUAUCAACAUCACUUUUUCAAUCAAGUUCAAGCACGAAUAAUAUAUUUUCGAGUCCGAGUGUAAAUGAAGCCAAAACAUCUCAAGAAGAUACAAGGACACUAUCAACUUCUUUCCCACAAUCCAGUACAACAGCAAAUAGUUUACUUACAGUUUCAAGUGCAGAAGCGCACACAAGUCAAGAAGAGACAUCAGAACUUUCAAAAGCUCUACCGCAAUUUACAAGAGGAGAAAUAAUUUCAUUUCAAGAACACACAACAGAAGAAAGCAGAUCAUUUCAAGAAUCCAGUGCAGAAGAAAUUCAAAUGACAGAAGUGCCAUGGACACAAUCAAGUUCAAGAACAAAGAGUCAGAGUCAGAGUGUAAAUGAAGACAAAACAUCUCAAGAAGAUACAAGGAUGGUAUCAAUUUCUCAAUCAAGAACAACAACAAAUAGUUUACUUACAGAUUUGAGUGCAGAAGAUCAAACAAAGCAAGAGAAAACAUCGCAACUUUCAACAUCUUUACCUCAACUUAAAACAGAAGAAAGCAGUUCAUUUCAAGAAUCCAGUUCGGAAGAAAUUCAAAUAACAGAAGUGCCAUGGACACUAUCAGCAUCACUUUUUCAAUCAAGUUCAAGCACGAAUAAUAUAUUUUCGAGUCCGAGUGUAAAUGAAGCCAAAACAUCUCAAGAAGAUACAAGGACACUAUCAACUUCUUUCCCACAAUCCAGUACAACAGCAAAUAGUUUACUUACAGUUUCAAGUGCAGAAGCGCAUACAAGUCAAGAAGAGACAUCAGAACUUUCAAAAGCUCUACCGCAAUCUACAAGAGGAGAAAUAAUUUCAUUUCAAGAACACACAACAGAAGAAAGCAGUUCAUUUCAAGAAUCCAGUGCAGAAGAAAAUCAAAGGACAGAAGUGCCAUGGACACAAUCAAGUUCAAGAACUAAGAGUCAGAGUCAGAGUGUAAAUGAAGACAAAACAUCUCAAGAAGAUACAAGGACGGUAUCAAUUUCUCAAUCAAGAACAACAACAAAUAGUUUACUUACAGAUUUGAGUGCAGAAGAUCAAACAAAGCAAGAGAAAACAUCGCAACUUUCAACAUCUUUACCUCAACUUAAAACAGAAGAAAGCAGUUCAUUUCAAGAAUCCAGUUCGGAAGAAAUUCAAAUAACAGAAGUGCCAUGGACACUAUCAGCAUCACUUUUUCAAUCAAGUUCAAGCACGAAUAAUAUAUUUUCGAGUCAGACUGUAAAUGAAGACAACAUUUCUCAAGAAGAUACAAGGACACUAUCAACUUCUUUCCCACAAUCAAGUACAACAGCAAAUAGUUUACUUACAGUUUCAAGUGCAGAAGAGCAUACAAUUCGAGAAGACACAUCAGAACUUUCAAAAGCUCUACCUCAAUCUACAAGAGGAGUAAUAAGUUCAUUUCAAGAACACACAACAGAAGAAAGCGGUUCAUUUCAAGAAUCAAGUGCCGAAGAAAAUCAUAUGACAGAAGUGCCAUGGACACAAUCAAGUUCAAGAACAAAGAGUCAGAGUCAGAGUGUAAAUGAAGACAAAACAUCUCAAGAAGAUACAAGGACGGUAUCAAUUUCUCAAUCAAGAACAACAACAAAUAGUUUACUUACAGAUUUGAGUGCAGAAGAUCAAACAAAGCAAGAGAAAACAUCGGAACUUUCAAAAUCUUUACCUCAACUUAAAACAGAAGAAAGCAGUUCAUUUCAAGAAUCCAGUUCGGAAGAAAUUCAAAUAACAGAAGUGCCAUGGACACUAUCAACAUCACUUUUUCAAUCAAGUUCAAGCACGAAUAAUAUAUUUUCGAGUCCGAGUGUAAAUGAAGCCAAAACAUCUCAAGAAGAUACAAGGACACUAUCAACUUCUUUCCCACAAUCCAGUACAACAGCAAAUAGUUUACUUACAGUUUCAAGUGCAGAAGCGCAUACAAGUCAAGAAGAGACAUCAGAACUUUCAAAAGCUCUACCGCAAUCUACAAGAGGAGAAAUAAUUUCAUUUCAAGAACACACAACAGAAGAAAGCAGAUCAUUUCAAGAAUCCAGUGCAGAAGAAAAUCAAAUGACAGAAGUGCCAUGGACACAAUCAAGUUCAAGAACAAAGAGUCAGAGUCAGAGUGUAAAUGAAGACAAAACAUCUCAAGAAGAUACAAGGAUGGUAUCAAUUUCUCAAUCAAGAACAACAACAAAUAGUUUACUUACAGAUUUGAGUGCAGAAGAUCAAACAAAGCAAGAGAAAACAUCGCAACUUUCAACAUCUUUACCUCAACUUAAAACAGAAGAAAGCAGUUCAUUUCAAGAAUCCAGUUCGGAAGAAAUUCAAAUAACAGAAGUGCCAUGGACACUAUCAGCAUCACUUUUUCAAUCAAGUUCAAGCACGAAUAAUAUAUUUUCGAGUCCGAGUGUAAAUGAAGCCAAAACAUCUCAAGAAGAUACAAGGACGGUAUCGAUAUCGCAAUCAAGAACAACAACAAAUAGUUUACUUACAGAUUUGAGUGCAGAAGAUCAAACAAAGCAAGAGGAAACAUCGGAACUUUCAAAAUCUUUACCUCAAUUUAAAACAGAAGAAAGCAGUUCAUUCCAAGAAUCCAGUGCGGAAGAAAAUCCAAUUACAGAAGUACCAUGGACACUAUCAACAUCACUUUCUCAAUCAAGUUCAAAAACAAAAAAUAUAUUUUCGAGUCAGACUGUAAAUGAAGACAACAUUUCUCAAGAAGAUACAAGGACACUAUCAACUUCUUUCCCACAAUCAAGUACAACAGCAAAUAGUUUACUUACAGUUUCAAGUGCAGAAGAGCAUACAAUUCGAGAAGACACAUCAGAACUUUCAAAAGCUCUACCUCAAUCUACAAGAGGAGUAAUAAGUUCAUUUCAAGAACACACAACAGAAGAAAGCGGUUCAUUUCAAGAAUCAAGUGCCGAAGAAAAUCAUAUGACAGAAGUGCCAUGGACACAAUCAAGUUCAAGAACAAAGAGUCAGAGUCAGAGUGUAAAUGAAGACAAAACAUCUCAAGAAGAUACAAGGACGGUAUCAAUUUCUCAAUCAAGAACAACAACAAAUAGUUUACUUACAGAUUUGAGUGCAGAAGAUCAAACAAAGCAAGAGAAAACAUCGGAACUUUCAAAAUCUUUACCUCAACUUAAAACAGAAGAAAGCAGUUCAUUUCAAGAAUCCAGUUCGGAAGAAAUUCAGAUAACAGAAGUGCCAUGGACACUAUCAACAUCACUUUUUCAAUCAAGUUCAAGCACGAAUAAUAUAUUUUCGAGUCCGAGUGUAAAUGAAGCCAAAACAUCUCAAGAAGAUACAAGGACACUAUCAACUUCCUUCCCACAAUCAAGUACAGCAGCACAUAGUUUACUUACAUAUUCGAGUGCAGAAGAGCAAACAAUUCGAGAGGAAACAUCGGAACUUUCAAAAUCUUUACCUCAAUUAACAACAGAAGAAAGCAGUUCAUUCCAAGAAUCCAGUGCGGAAGAAAAUCCAUUUACAGAAGUACCAUGGACACUAUCAACAUCACUUUCUCAAUCAAGUUCUAACACAAAAAAUAUAUUUUCGAGUCAGACUGUAAAUGAAGACAACAUUUCUCAAGAAGAUACAAGGACACUGUCAACUUCUUUCCCACAAUCAAGUACAACAGCAAAUAGUUUACUUACAGUUUCAAGUGCAGAAGCGCAGACAAUUCAAGAAGAGACAUCAGAACUUUCAAAGGCUCUACCGCAAUCUACAAGAGGAGAAAUAAUUUCAUUUCAAGAACACACAACAGAAGAAAGCAGUUCAUUUCAAGAAUCCAGUGCAGAAGAAAAUCAAAUGACAGAAGUGCCAUGGACACAAUCAAGUUCAAGAACUAAGAGUCAGAGUCAGAGUGUAAAUGAAGACAAAACAUCUCAAGAAGAUACAAGGAUGGUAUCAAUUUCUCAAUCAAGAACAACAACAAAUAGUUUACUUACAGAUUUGAGUGCAGAAGAUCAAACAAAGCAAGAGAAAACAUCGCAACUUUCAACAUCUUUACCUCAACUUAAAACAGAAGAAAGCAGUUCAUUUCAAGAAUCCAGUUCGGAAGAAAUUCAAAUAACAGAAGUGCCAUGGACACUAUCAGCAUCACUUUUUCAAUCAAGUUCAAGCACGAAUAAUAUAUUUUCGAGUCCGAGUGUAAAUGAAGCCAAAACAUCUCAAGAAGAUACAAGGACACUAUCAACUUCUUUCCCACAAUCCAGUACAACAGCAAAUAGUUUACUUACAGUUUCAAGUGCAGAAGCGCAUACAAGUCAAGAAGAGACAUCAGAACUUUCAAAAGCUCUACCGCAAUCUACAAGAGGAGAAAUAAUUUCAUUUCAAGAACACACAACAGAAGAAAGCAGUUCAUUUCAAGAAUCCAGUGCAGAAGAAAAUCAAAUGACAGAAGUGCCAUGGACACAAUCAAGUUCAAGAACUAAGAGUCAGAGUCAGAGUGUAAAUGAAGACAAAACAUCUCAAGAAGAUACAAGGACGGUAUCGAUAUCGCAACCAAGAACAACAACAAAUAGUUUACUUACAGAUUUGAGUGCAGAAGAUCAAACAAAGCAAGAGGAAACAUCGGAACUUUCAAAAUCUUUACCUCAAUUUAAAACAGAAGAAAGCAGUUCAUUUCAAGAAUCCAGUUCGGAAGAAAUUCAGAUAACAGAAGUGCCAUGGACACUAUCAACAUCACUUUUUCAAUCAAGUUCAAGCACGAAUAAUAUAUUUUCGAGUCCGAGUGUAAAUGAAGCCAAAACAUCUCAAGAAGAUACAAGGACACUAUCAACUUCCUUCCCACAAUCAAGUACAGCAGCACAUAGUUUACUUACAUAUUCGAGUGCAGAAGAGCAAACAAUUCGAGAGGAAACAUCGGAACUUUCAAAAUCUUUACCUCAAUUAACAACAGAAGAAAGCAGUUCAUUCCAAGAAUCCAGUGCGGAAGAAAAUCCAAUUACAGAAGUACCAUGGACACUAUCAACAUCACUUUCUCAAUCAAGUUCUAACACAAAAAAUAUAUUUUCGAGUCAGACUGUAAAUGAAGACAACAUUUCUCAAGAAGAUAUAAGGACACUGUCAACUUCUUUCCCACAAUCAAGUACAACAGCAAAUAGUUUACUUACAGUUUCAAGUGCAGAAGCGCAGACAAUUCAAGAAGAGACAUCAGAACUUUCAAAGGCUCUACCGCAAUCUACAAGAGGAGAAAUAAUUUCAUUUCAAGAACAUGCAGAAGAAAAUCAAAUGACAGAAGUGCCAUGGACACAAUCAAGUUCAAGAACUAAGAGUCAGAGUCAGAGUGUAAAUGAAGACAAAACAUCUCAAGAAGAUACAAGGAUGGUAUCAAUUUCUCAAUCAAGAACAACAACAAAUAGUUUACUUACAGAUUUGAGUGCAGAAGAUCAAACAAAGCAAGAGAAAACAUCGCAACUUUCAACAUCUUUACCUCAACUUAAAACAGAAGAAAGCAGUUCAUUUCAAGAAUCCAGUUCGGAAGAAAUUCAAAUAACAGAAGUGCCAUGGACACUAUCAGCAUCACUUUUUCAAUCAAGUUCAAGCACGAAUAAUAUAUUUUCGAGUCCGAGUGUAAAUGAAGCCAAAACAUCUCAAGAAGAUACAAGGACACUAUCAACUUCUUUCCCACAAUCCAGUACAACAGCAAAUAGUUUACUUACAGUUUCAAGUGCAGAAGCGCAUACAAGUCAAGAAGAGACAUCAGAACUUUCAAAAGCUCUACCGCAAUCUACAAGAGGAGAAAUAAUUUCAUUUCAAGAACAUGCAGAAGAAAAUCAAAUGACAGAAGUGCCAUGGACACAAUCAAGUUCAAGAACUAAGAGUCAGAGUCAGAGUGUAAAUGAAGACAAAACAUCUCAAGAAGAUACAAGGACGGUAUCGAUAUCGCAAUCAAGAACAACAACAAAUAGUUUACUUACAGAUUUGAGUGCAGAAGAUCAAACAAAGCAAGAGGAAACAUCGGAACUUUCAAAAUCUUUACCUCAAUUUAAAACAGAAGAAAGCAGUUCAUUUCAAGAAUCCAGUUCGGAAGAAAUUCAAAUAACAGAAGUGCCAUGGACACUAUCAACAUCACUUUUUCAAUCAAGUUCAAACACGAAUAAUAUAUUUUCGAGUCCGAGUGUAAAUAAAGCCAAAACAUCUCAAGAAGACAUAAGGACACUAUCAACUUCCUUCCCACAAUCAAGUACAGCAGCACAUAGUUUACUUACAUAUUCGAGUGCAGAAGAGCAAACAAUUCGAGAGGAAACAUCGGAACUUUCAAAAUCUUUACCUCAAUUAACAACAGAAGAAAGCAGUUCAUUCCAAGAAUCCAGUGCGGAAGAAAAUCCAAUUACAGAAGUACCAUGGACACUAUCAACAUCACUUUCUCAAUCAAGUUCAAAAACAAAAAAUAUAUUUUCGAGUCAGACUGUAAAUGAAGACAACAUUUCUCAAGAAGAUACAAGGACACUAUCAACUUCUUUCCCACAAUCAAGUACAACAGCAAAUAGUUUACUUACAGUUUCAAGUGCAGAAGAGCAUACAAUUCGAGAAGAGACGUCAGAACUUUCAAAAGUUCUACCUCAAUCUACAAGAGGAGAAAUAAGUUCAUUUCAAGAACACACAACAGAAGAAAGCAGUUCAUUUCAAGAAUCCAGUGCAGAAGAAAAUCAAAUGACAGAAGUGCCAUGGACACAAUCAAGUUCAAGAACAAAGAGUCAGAGUCAGAGUGUAAAUGAAGACAAAACAUCUCAAGAAGAUACAAGGACGGUAUCAAUUUAUCAAUCAAGAACAACAACAAAUAGUUUACUUACAGAUUUGAGUGCAGAAGAUCAAACAAAGCAAGAGAAAACAUCGGAACUUUCAAAAUCUUUACCCCAACUUAAAACAGAAGAAAGCAGUUCAUUUGAAGAAUCCAGUUCGGAAGAAAUUCAAAUAACAGAAGUGCCAUGGACACUAUCAACUUCACUUUUUCAAUCAAAUUCAAACACGAAUAAUAUAUUUUCGAGUCCGAGUGUAAAUGAAGCCAAAACAUCUCAAGAAGACACAAGGACACUAUCAACUUCUCUCCCACAAUCAAGUGCAACAGGAAAUAGUUUACUUACAGAUUCCAGUGCAGAAGAGCAAACAAUUCGAGAGGAAACAUCGGAACUUUCAAAAUCUUUACCUCAACUUAAAAUAGAAGAAAGCAGUUCAUUUCAAGAAUCCAGUUCGGAAGAAAUUCAAAUAACAGAAGUGCCAUGGACACUAUCAGCAUCACUUUUUCAAUCAAGUUCAAGCACGAAUAAUAUAUUUUCGAGUCCGAGUGUAAAUGAAGCCAAAACAUCUCAAGACGAUACAAGGACACUAUCAACUUCUUUCCCACAAUCCAGUACAACAGCAAAUAGUUUACUUACAGUUUCAAGUGCAGAAGCGCAUACAAGUCAAGAAGAGACAUCAGAACUUUCAAAAGCUCUACCGCAAUCUACAAGAGGAGAAAUAAUUUCAUUUCAAGAACACACAACAGAAGAAAGCAGUUCAUUUCAAGAAUCCAGUGCAGAAGAAAAUCAAAUGACAGAAGUGCCAUGGACACAAUCAAGUUCAAGAACUAAGAGUCAGAGUCAGAGUGUAAAUGAAGACAAAACAUCUCAAGAAGAUACAAGGACGGUAUCAAUUUCUCAAUCAAGAACAACAACAAAUAGUUUACUUACAGAUUUGAGUGCAGAAGAUCAAACAAAGCAAGAGAAAACAUCGCAACUUUCAACAUCUUUACCUCAACUUAAAACAGAAGAAAGCAGUUCAUUUCAAGAAUCCAGUUCGGAAGAAAUUCAAAUAACAGAAGUGCCAUGGACACUAUCAGCAUCACUUUUUCAAUCAAGUUCAAGCACGAAUAAUAUAUUUUCGAGUCCGAGUGUAAAUGAAGCCAAAACAUCUCAAGAAGAUACAAGGACACUAUCAACUUCUUUCCCACAAUCCAGUACAGCAGCAAAUAGUUUACUUACAGUUUCAAGUGCAGAAGCGCAUACAAGUCAAGAAGAGACAUCAGAACUUUCAAAAGCUCUACCGCAAUCUACAAGAGGAGAAAUAAUUUCAUUUCAAGAACAAACUAAGAGUCAGAGUCAGAGUGUAAAUGAAGACAAAACAUCUCAAGAAGAUACAAGGACGGUAUCAAUUUCUCAAUCAAGAACAACAACAAAUAGUUUACUUACAGAUUUGAGUGCAGAAGAUCAAACAAAGCAAGAGAAAACAUCGGAACUUUCAACAUCUUUACCUCAACUUAAAAUAGAAGAAAGCAGUUCAUUUCAAGAAUCCAGUUCGGAAGAAAUUCAAAUAACAGAAGUGCCAUGGACACUAUCAACUUCACUUUAUCAAUCAAGUUCAAGCACGAAUAAUACAUUUUCGAGUCCGAGUGUAAAUGAAGCCAAAACAUCUCAAGAAGAUACAAGGACACUAUCAACUUAUUUCCCACAAUCCAGUACAACAGCAAAUAGAUUACUUACAUAUUCGAGUGCAGAAGAGCAAACAAUUCGAGAGGAAACUUCGGAACUUUCAAAAUCUUUACCUCAAUUAACAACAGAAGAAAGCAGUUCAUUCCAAGAAUCCAGUGCGGAAGAAAAUCCAAUUACAGAAGUACAGUGGACACUAUCAACAUCACUUUCUCAAUCAAGUUCAAACACAAAAAAUAUAUUUUCGAGUCAGACUGUAAAUGAAGACAAAAUUUCUCAAGAAGAUAUAAGGACACUAUCAACUUCUUUCCCGCAAUCAAGUACAACAGCAGAUAGUUUACUUACAGUUUCAAGUGCAGAAGCGCAUACAAUUCAAGAAGAGACAUCAGAACUUUCAAAAGCUCUACCGCAAUCUACAAGAGGAGAAAUAAUUUCAUUUCAAGAACAUGCAGAAGAAAAUCAAAUGACAGAAGUGCCAUGGACACAAUCAAGUUCAAGAACAAAGAGUCAGAGUGUAAAUGAAGACAAAACAUCUCAAGAAGAUACAAGGACGGUAUCGAUAUCGCAAUCAAGAACAACAACAAAUAGUUUACUUACAGAUUUGAGUGCAGAAGAUCAAACAAAGCAAGAGGAAACAUCGGAACUUUCAAAAUCUUUACCUCAAUUUAAAACAGAAGAAAGCAGUUCAUUUCAAGAAUCCAGUUCGGAAGAAAUUCAAAUAACAGAAGUGCCAUGGACACUAUCAACAUCACUUUUUCAAUCAAGUUCAAACACGAAUAAUAUAUUUUCGAGUCCGAGUGUAAAUAAAGCCAAAACAUCUCAAGAAGACAUAAGGACACUAUCAACUUCCUUCCCACAAUCAAGUACAGCAGCACAUAGUUUACUUACAUAUUCGAGUGCAGAAGAGCAAACAAUUCGAGAGGAAACAUCGGAACUUUCAAAAUCUUUACCUCAAUUAACAACAGAAGAAAGCAGUUCAUUCCAAGAAUCCAGUGCGGAAGAAAAUCCAAUUACAGAAGUACCAUGGACACUAUCAACAUCACUUUCUCAAUCAAGUUCAAAAACAAAAAAUAUAUUUUCGAGUCAGACUGUAAAUGAAGACAACAUUUCUCAAGAAGAUACAAGGACACUAUCAACUUCUUUCCCACAAUCAAGUACAACAGCAAAUAGUUUACUUACAGUUUCAAGUGCAGAAGAGCAUACAAUUCGAGAAGAGACGUCAGAACUUUCAAAAGUUCUACCUCAAUCUACAAGAGGAGAAAUAAGUUCAUUUCAAGAACACACAACAGAAGAAAGCAGUUCAUUUCAAGAAUCCAGUGCAGAAGAAAAUCAAAUGACAGAAGUGCCAUGGACACAAUCAAGUUCAAGAACAAAGAGUCAGAGUCAGAGUGUAAAUGAAGACAAAACAUCUCAAGAAGAUACAAGGACGGUAUCAAUUUAUCAAUCAAGAACAACAACAAAUAGUUUACUUACAGAUUUGAGUGCAGAAGAUCAAACAAAGCAAGAGAAAACAUCGGAACUUUCAAAAUCUUUACCCCAACUUAAAACAGAAGAAAGCAGUUCAUUUGAAGAAUCCAGUUCGGAAGAAAUUCAAAUAACAGAAGUGCCAUGGACACUAUCAACUUCACUUUUUCAAUCAAAUUCAAACACGAAUAAUAUAUUUUCGAGUCCGAGUGUAAAUGAAGCCAAAACAUCUCAAGAAGACACAAGGACACUAUCAACUUCUCUCCCACAAUCAAGUGCAACAGGAAAUAGUUUACUUACAGAUUCCAGUGCAGAAGAGCAAACAAUUCGAGAGGAAACAUCGGAACUUUCAAAAUCUUUACCUCAAUUAACAACAGAAGAAAGCAGUUUAUUUCAAGAAUCCAGUGCAGAAGAAAAUCACUUGACAGAAGUGCCAUGGACACAAUCAAGUUCAAGAACAAAGAGUCAGAAUCAGAGUGUAAAUGAAGACAAACCAUCUCAAGAAGAUAUAACGACGGUAUCGAAUUCUCAAUCAAGAAAAACAACAAUUAGUUUACUUACGAAUUUGAGUGCUGAUGAUCAAACAAAUCAAAAGGUAACAUCGGAAAUUUCAAAAGGCAAAACAUCUCAAGAAGAUACAAGGACGCUAUCAAUUUUGUAUCCACAAUCAACUCCAAAAGCUAACAGUUUACUUACAGUUUCGAGUGCAGAAGAGCAAUCAUCGGAGUUUUCAUCUUUAAUUAUGAUAGAGCCAAUAACGAGCAGUAAACUAUCUACAGAUAAUGUUUGCGAAUGCACUUGCCUAUUAGAACAAGGAAAUGACUCGUGUAUCUGCAACUGUAUUACAGAUCCCACUUCUAUGUAUGUAUCUAUCUUAACAGCAAGCCAAAUAAAGUCAAUCGAAGAUCUUCAGUACUCCUCAAAUCUACCUUCAUAUAAAAGUACACUAGAAAAUACAAAUACCAAAGAGAAAAAUACAAAUCUGUCAACAUCAUUACAAAUUUCGAGUACAGGACCAUAUCAAAUAUCCCAAAACGAAAUAGAAAAUCAAUCGCAAUAUGUUCCUCCUUCGAGCACACUAUUCAGUGAUGUAAACAAAAUUUCAACCACAGACAAAGAUAACCCAACUGAAGACGAAGUAGAAAAGAUAUCGAAAUCUCCACUAAAAUUGAGUACAACUUCUACUGGUUUACCAAAAAUACAGACAACUGAAAUAAACCAUUUACCUUUCCUAAGUACUAUAUCAAACUUUCAAUUUGAGCAAUCAAGUUUUCAUAUCUGUGAUUGUACUUGCCAAUUGGAAACAGGAAAAGACUCGUGUAUCUGCGAAUGCAACCUUAAAGAAAGCACUUCAGACGUCACGGCAAGUAAAUUCAAUCCGUCAUUAUCCACCGAAACGUAUCAAGAACUCUUCAGUGUGAAAGAUAAUGUCCCAAAACAGGAAGAAAAUGGUACUAUUUUGCUUACAGAGGCGAGUCCACAAUCUUUCAGUAAAGAAGAUGUUACAACUGAAGAAGAUGUUACUGGUAAUAAAACCACAACGCUAUCAAAGCUUUCAUCUUUAAUUAUGAUAGAUCCAUUAACAAGCAGUAAACUAUCUACAGAUAAUGUUUGCGAAUGCACUUGCCUAUUAGAACAAGGAAAUGACUCGUGUAUCUGCGAAUGCCUUAAAGAAAGCACUUCAGAAGACUUGAAAAGUGUUAAAGCAAGUGAACUUUCUAUUUAUCUCCCGCAAUCAAGUGCAACAGCAAAUAGUUUACUUACAGAUUCGAGUGCAGAAGACCAAACAAUCCAAAAGGAAACAUCGGAACUUUCAAAAUCUCUACCUCAAUUAACAACAGAAGAAAGCAGUUUAUUCCAAGAAUCCAGUGCAGAAGAAAAUCAAAUGACAGAAGUGCCAUGGACACAAUCAAGUUCAAGAACAAAGAGUCAGAGUCAGAGUGUAAAUGAAGACAAAACAUCUCAAGAAGAUACAAGGACGGUAUCGACAUCUCAAUCAAGAACAACAACAAAUAGUUUACUUACAUAUUCGAGUGCGGAAGAGCAAACAAUUCGAGAGGAAACAUCGGAACUUCCAAGAUCUGUACCACACUUUACAACAGAAGAAAGCAAUUCAUUUCAAGAAUCUAGUUCAGAACAAAAUGAAAUGACAGAAGUUCCAUGGACACUUUCAACAUCACUUCCUCAAUCAAGUUCAAAAACAAAGAAUAUAUUUGCUAGCCAGAGUGUAAAUCAAGACAAAACUUCCACUGAGGAUACAAGGACACUAUCGAUUUCUCAAUCAAGAACAAUAACAAAUAGUUUACUUACAGAUUUGAGUGCAGAAGGUCAAACAAUUGAAGAAGAAACAUCAGAACUUGCAAGAUCUGUACCUCACUUAACAACAGAAGAAAGCAGUUCAUUUCAAGAAUCUAGUACAGAACAAAAUGAAAUGACAGAAGUUCCAUGGACACUGUCAACAUCACUUCCUCAAUCAAGUGCAAAAACUAUAAAAAUAUAUUCGAGUCAGAGUCUAAAUGAAGAAUCUUCUCAAGAAGAUACCAGGACACUAUCAAUUUCAAUCCCCGAAUCAAGUACAACAGCAAUUAGUUUACUUACAGAUUUGAGUGCAGAAGGUCAAACCAUUAAAGAGGAAACAUCAGAACUUGCAAGAUCUGCACCUCACUUAACAACAGAAGAAAGCAGUUCAUUUCAAGAAUCUAGUUCAGAACAAAAUGAAAUGACAGAAGUUCCAUGGACACUGUCAACAUCACUUCCUCAAUCAAGUGCAAAAACUAUAAAAAUAUAUUCGAGUCAGAGUCUAAAUGAAGAAUCUUCUCAAGAAGGUACCAGGACACUAUCAAUUUCAAUCCCCGAAUCAAGUACAACAGCAAGUUUACUUACAGAUUUGAGUGCAGAAGGUCAAACCAUUAAAGAGGAAACAUCAGAACUUGCAAGAUCUGUACCACACUUUACAACAGAAGAAAGCAAUUCAUUUCAAGAAUCUAGUUCAGAACAAAAUGAAAUGACAGAAGUUCCAUGGACACUAUCAACAUCACUUCCUCAAUCAAGUACAAAAGCCAAGAAUAUAUUUUCUAGUCAGAGUGUAAAUGAAGACAAAACUUCCACUGAGGAUACAAGGACACUAUCGAUUUCUCAAUCAAGAACAAUAACAAAUAGUUUACUUACAGAUUUGAGUGCAGAAGGUCAAUUAAUUGAAGAGGAAACAUCAGAACUUGCAAGAUCUGUACCUCACUUAACAACAGAAGAAAGCAGUUCAUUUCAAGAACCUAGUGCAGAACAAAAUGAAAUGACAGAAGUUCCAUGGACACUAUCAACAUCACUUUCUCAAUCAAGUUCAAAAACAAAGAAUAUAUUUGCUAGCCAGAGUGUAAAUCAAGACAAAACUUCCACUGAGCAUACAAGGACACUAUCGAUUUCUCAAUCAAGAACAAUAACAAAUAGUUUACGUACAGAUUUAAGUGCAGAAGGUCAAACAAUUAAAGAUGAAACAUCAGAACUUGCAAGAUCUGUACCUCACUUAACAACAGAAGAAAGCAGUUCAUUUCAAGAAUCUAGUACAGAACAAAAUGAAAUGACAGAAGUUCCAUGGACACUGUCAACAUCACUUCCUCAAUCAAGUGCAAAAACUAUAAAAAUAUAUUCGAGUCAGAGUCUAAAUGAAGAAUCUUCUCAAGAAGAUACCAGGACACUAUCAAUUUCAAUCCCCGAAUCAAGUACAACAGCAAUUAGUUUACUAACCGUUUCGAGGGCAGAAUAUCAAACAAUUAAAGAGGAAACCACGGAACAUUCAAAAUCUUUACCUCACUUUACGACAGAAGAAAGCAAUUCAGUUCAAGAAUCUAGUUCAGAACAAAAUGAAAUGACAGAAGUUCCAUGGACACUAUCAACAUCACUUUCUCAAUCAAGUUCAAAAACAAAGAAUAUAUUUGCUAGCCAGGGUGUAAAUCAAGACAAAACUUCCACUGAGGAUACAAGGACACUAUCGAUUUCUCAAUCAAGAACAAUAACAAAUAGUUUACUUACAGAUUUGAGUGCAGAAGGUCAAACAAUUGAAGAAGAAACAUCAGAACUUGCAAGAUCUGUACCUCACUUAACAACAGAAGAAAGCAGUUCAUUUCAAGAAUCUAGUACAGAACAAAAUGAAAUGACAGAAGUUCCAUGGACACUGUCAACAUCACCUCCUCAAUCAAGUUUAAAAACUAUAAAAAUAUAUUCGAGUCAGAGUCUAAAUGAAGAAUCUUCUCAAGAAGAUACCAGGACACUAUCAAUUUCAAUCCCCGAAUCAAGUACAACAGCAAUUAGUUUACUAACCGUUUCGAGGGCAGAAUAUCAAACAAUUAAAGAGGAAACCACGGAACAUUCAAAAUCUUUACCUCACUUUACGACAGAAGAAAGCAAUUCAGUUCAAGAAUCUAGUUCAGAACAAAAUGAAAUGACAGAAGUUCCAUGGACACUGUCAACAUCACUUCCUCAAUCAAGUUUAAAAACUAUAAAAAUAUAUUCGAGUCAGAGUCUAAAUGAAGACAAAACUUCCACUGAGCAUACAAGGACACUAUCGAUUUCUCAAUCAAGAACAAUAACAAAUAGUUUACGUACAGAUUUAAGUGCAGAAGGUCAAACAAUUAAAGAUGAAACAUCAGAACUUGCAAGAUCUGUACCUCACUUAACAACAGAAGAAAGCAGUUCAUUUCAAGAAUCUAGUACAGAACAAAAUGAAAUGACAGAAGUUCCAUGGACACUGUCAACAUCACUUCCUCAAUCAAGUUUAAAAACUAUAAAAAUAUAUUCGAGUCAGAGUCUUAAUGAAGAAUCUUCUCAAGAAGAAUAUAGGACACUAUCAAUUUCAAUCCCCGAAUCAACUACAACAGCAAUUAGUUUACUUACAGAUUUGAGUGCAGAAGGUCAAACAAUUGAAGAGGAAACAUCCGAACUUGCAAGAUCUGUACCUCACUUAACAACAGAAGAAAGCAGUUCAUUUAAAGAAUCUAGUGCAGAACAAAAUGAAAUGACAGAAGUUCCAUGGACACUGUCAACAUCACUUCCUCAAUCAAGUGCAAAAACUAUAAAAAUAUAUUCGAGUCAGAGUCUAAAUGAAGAAUCUUCUCAAGAAGAUACCAGGACACUAUCAAUUUCAAUCCCCGAAUCAAGUACAACAGCAAUUAGUUUACUUACAGAUUUGAGCGCAGAAGGUCAAACAAUUGAAGAAGAAACAUCAGAACUUGCAAGAUCUGUACCUCACUUAACAACAGAAGAAAGCAGUUCAUUUCAAGAAUCUAGUACAGAACAAAAUGAAAUGACAGAAGUUCCAUGGACACUAUCAACAUCACUUCCUCAAUCAAGUUCAAAAACAAAGAAUAUAUUUGCUAGCCAGAGUGUAAAUCAAGACAAAACUUCCACUGAGGAUACAAGGACACUAUCGAUUUCUCAAUCAAGAACAAUAACAAAUAGUUUACUUACAGAUUUGAGUGCAGAAGGUCAAACAAUUGAAGAAGAAACAUCAGAACUUGCAAGAUCUGUACCUCACUUAACAACAGAAGAAAGCAGUUCAUUUCAAGAAUCUAGUACAGAACAAAAUGAAAUGACAGAAGUUCCAUGGACACUGUCAACAUCACCUCCUCAAUCAAGUUUAAAAACUAUAAAAAUAUAUUCGAGUCAGAGUCUAAAUGAAGAAUCUUCUCAAGAAGAUACCAGGACACUAUCAAUUUCAAUCCCCGAAUCAAGUACAACAGCAAUUAGUUUACUUACAGAUUUGAGUGCAGAAGGUCAAACAAUUGAAGAAGAAACAUCAGAACUUGCAAGAUCUGUACCUCACUUAACAACAGAAGAAAGCAGUUCAUUUCAAGAAUCUAGUACAGAACAAAAUGAAAUGACAGAAGUUCCAUGGACACUGUCAACAUCACUUCCUCAAUCAAGUGCAAAAACUAUAAAAAUAUAUUCGAGUCAGAGUCUAAAUGAAGAAUCUUCUCAAGAAGAUACCAGGACACUAUCAAUUUCAAUCCCCGAAUCAAGUACAACAGGAAUUAGUUUACUAACCUUUUCGAGGGCAGAAUAUCAAACAAUUAAAGAGGAAACCACGGAACAUUCAAAAUCUUUACCUCACUUUACGACAGAAGAAAGCAAUUCAGUUCAAGAAUCUAGUUCAGAACAAAAUGAAAUGACAGAAGUUCCAUGGACACUAUCAACAUCACUUUCUCAAUCAAGUUCAAAAACAAAGAAUAUAUUUGCUAGCCAGAGUGUAAAUCAAGACAAAACUUCCACUGAGGAUACAAGGACACUAUCGAUUUCUCAAUCAAGAACAAUAACAAAUAGUUUACUUACAGAUUUGAGUGCAGAAGGUCAAACAAUUGAAGAAGAAACAUCAGAACUUGCAAGAUCUGUACCUCACUUAACAACAGAAGAAAGCAGUUCAUUUCAAGAAUCUAGUACAGAACAAAAUGAAAUGACAGAAGUUCCAUGGACACUGUCAACAUCACCUCCUCAAUCAAGUUUAAAAACUAUAAAAAUAUAUUCGAGUCAGAGUCUAAAUGAAGAAUCUUCUCAAGAAGAUACCAGGACACUAUCAAUUUCAAUCCCCGAAUCAAGUACAACAGGAAUUAGUUUACUAACCUUUUCGAGGGCAGAAUAUCAAACAAUUAAAGAGGAAACCACGGAACAUUCAAAAUCUUUACCUCACUUUACGACAGAAGAAAGCAAUUCAUUUCAAGAAUCUAGUUCAGAACAAAAUGAAAUGACAGAAGUUCCAUGGACACUAUCAACAUCACUUCCUCAAUCAAGUACAAAAGCAAAGAAUAUAUUUGCUAGCCAGAGUGUAAAUGAAGACAAAACUUCCACUGAGCAUACAAGGACACUAUCGAUUUCUCAAUCAAGAACAAUAACAAAUAGUUUACGUACAGAUUUAAGUGCAGAAGGUCAAACAAUUAAAGAUGAAACAUCAGAACUUGCAAGAUCUGUACCUCACUUAACAACAGAAGAAAGCAGUUCAUUUCAAGAAUCUAGUACAGAACAAAAUGAAAUGACAGAAGUUCCAUGGACACUGUCAACAUCACUUCCUCAAUCAAGUUUAAAAACUAUAAAAAUAUAUUCGAGUCAGAGUCUUAAUGAAGAAUCUUCUCAAGAAGAAUAUAGGACACUAUCAAUUUCAAUCCCCGAAUCAACUACAACAGCAAUUAGUUUACUAACCGUUUCGAGGGCAGAAUAUCAAACAAUUAAAGAGGAAACCCAGGAACUUUCAAAAACUUUACCUCACUUUACGACACGAGAAGAAAGCAAUUCAUUCCAAGAAUAUAGUGCAGAACAAAAUGAAAUGACAGAAGUUCCAUGGACACUAUCAACAUCACUUUCUCAAUCAAGUUCAAAAACAAAGAUUUUAUUUUCGAGUCAGAGUGUAAAUGAAGCCAAAACAUCUCAAGAAGACACAAGGACACUAUCAACUUCUUUCCCACAAUCAAGUACGGCAGCACAUAGUUUACAAACAAUUCGAGAGGAAACAUCGGAACUUUCAAAAUCUUUACCUCAAUUAACAACAGAAGAAAGCAGUUCAUUUCAAGAAUCUAGUGCGGAAAAAAAUCCAAUUACAGAAGUACCAUGGACACUAUCAACAUCACUUUCUCAAUCAAGUUCAAAAACAAAGAAUAUAUUUUCGAGUCAGGGUGUAAAUGAAGACAAAACUUCUCAAGAAGAUACAAGGACACUAUCGAUUUCUCAAUCAAGAACAAUAACAAAUAGUUUACGUACAGAUUUAAGUGCAGAAGGUCAAACAAUUAAAGAUGAAACAUCAGAACUUGCAAGAUCUGUACCUCACUUAACAACAGAAGAAAGCAGUUCAUUUCAAGAAUCUAGUGCAGAACAAAAUGAAAUGACAGAAGUUCCAUGGACACUGUCAACAUCACUUCCUCAAUCAAGUGCAAAAACUAUAAAAAUAUAUUCGAGUCAGAGUCUAAAUGAAGAAUCUUCUCAAGAAGAUACCAGGACACUAUCAAUUUCAAUCCCCGAAUCAAGUACAACAGCAAUUAGUUUACUUACAGAUUUGAGUGCAGAAGGUCAAACCAUUAAAGAGGAAACAUCAGAACUUGCAAGAUCUGUACCUCACUUAACAACAGAAGAAAGCAGUUCAUUUCAAGAAUCUAGUGCAGAACAAAAUGAAAUGACAGAAGUUCCAUGGACACUGUCAACAUCACUUCCUCAAUCAAGUGCAAAAACUAUAAAAAUAUAUUCGAGUCAGAGUCUAAAUGAAGAAUCUUCUCAAGAAGGUACCAGGACACUAUCAAUUUCAAUCCCCGAAUCAAGUACAACAGCAAUUAGUUUACUUACAGAUUUGAGUGCAGAAGGUCAAACCAUUAAAGAGGAAACAUCAGAACUUGCAAGAUCUGUACCUCACUUAACAACAGAAGAAAGCAGUUCAUUUCAAGAAUCUAGUACAGAACAAAAUGAAAUGACAGAAGUUCCAUUGACACUAUCAACAUCACUUUCUCAAUCAAAUUCAAAAACAAAGAAUUUAUUUUCGAGUCAGAGUGUAAAUGAAGACAAAACUUCCACUGAGGAUACAAGGACACUAUCGAUUUCUCAAUCAAGAACAAUAACAAAUAGUUUACGUACAGAUUUAAGUGCAGAAGGUCAAACAAUUAAAGAGGAAACAUCAGAACUUGCAAGAUCUGUACCUCACUUAACAACAGAAGAAAGCAGUUCAUUUCAAGAAUCUAGUGCAGAACAAAAUGAAAUGACUGAAGUUCCAUGGACACUGUCAACAUCACUUCCUCAAUUAAGUUUAAAAACUAUAAAAAUAUAUUCGAGUCAGAGUCUAAAUGAAGAAUCUUCUCAAGAAGAUACCAGGACACUAUCAAUUUCAAUCCCCGAAUCAAGUACAACAGCAAUUAGUUUACCAACCGUUUCGAGGGCAGAAUAUCAAACAAUUAAAGAGGAAACCACGGAACAUUCAAAAUCUUUACCUCACUUUACGACAGAAGAAAGCAAUUCAUUUCAAGAAUCUAGUUCAGAACAAAAUGAAAUGACAGAAGUUCCAUGGACACUGUCAACAUCACUUCCUCAAUCAAGUUUAAAAACUAUAAAAAUAUAUUCGAGUCAGAGUCUUAAUGAAGAAUCUUCUCAAGAAGAAUAUAGGACACUAUCAAUUUCAAUCCCCGAAUCAACUACAACAGCAAUUAGUUUACUUACAGAUUUGAGCGCAGAAGGUCAAACAAUUGAAGAAGAAACAUCAGAACUUGCAAGAUCUGUACCUCACUUAAGAACAGAAGAAAGCAGUUCAUUUCAAGAAUCUAGUGCAGAACAAAAUGAAAUGACUGAAGUUCCAUGGACACUGUCAACAUCACUUCCUCAAUUAAGUUUAAAAACUAUAAAAAUAUAUUCGAGUCAGAGUCUAAAUGAAGAAUCUUCUCAAGAAGAUACCAGGACACUAUCAAUUUCAAUCCCCGAAUCAAGUACAACAGCAAUUAGUUUACUUACAGAUUUGAGUGCAGAAGGUCAAACCAUUAAAGAGGAAACAUCAGAACUUGCAAGAUCUGUACCUCACUUAACAACAGAAGAAAGCAGUUCAUUUCAAGAAUCUAGUACAGAACAAAAUGAAAUGACAGAAGUUCCAUGGACACUAUCAACAUCACUUCCUCAAUCAAGUUCAAAAACAAAGAAUAUAUUUGCUAGCCAGAGUGUAAAUCAAGACAAAACUUCCACUGAGGAUACAAGGACACUAUCGAUUUCUCAAUCAAGAACAAUAACAAAUAGUUUACUUACAGAUUUGAGUGCAGAAGGUCAAACAAUUGAAGAAGAAACAUCAGAACUUGCAAGAUCUGUACCUCACUUAACAACAGAAGAAAGCAGUUCAUUUCAAGAAUCUAGUGCAGAACAAAAUGAAAUGACUGAAGUUCCAUGGACACUGUCAACAUCACUUCCUCAAUUAAGUUUAAAAACUAUAAAAAUAUAUUCGAGUCAGAGUCUAAAUGAAGAAUCUUCUCAAGAAGAUACCAGGACACUAUCAAUUUCAAUCCCCGAAUCAAGUACAACAGCAAUUAGUUUACCAACCGUUUCGAGGGCAGAAUAUCAAACAAUUAAAGAGGAAACCACGGAACAUUCAAAAUCUUUACCUCACUUUACGACAGAAGAAAGCAAUUCAUUUCAAGAAUCUAGUUCAGAACAAAAUGAAAUGACAGAAGUUCCAUGGACACUGUCAACAUCACUUCCUCAAUCAAGUUUAAAAACUAUAAAAAUAUAUUCGAGUCAGAGUCUUAAUGAAGAAUCUUCUCAAGAAGAAUAUAGGACACUAUCAAUUUCAAUCCCCGAAUCAACUACAACAGCAAUUAGUUUACUUACAGAUUUGAGCGCAGAAGGUCAAACAAUUGAAGAAGAAACAUCAGAACUUGCAAGAUCUGUACCUCACUUAAGAACAGAAGAAAGCAGUUCAUUUCAAGAAUCUAGUGCAGAACAAAAUGAAAUGACUGAAGUUCCAUGGACACUGUCAACAUCACUUCCUCAAUUAAGUUUAAAAACUAUAAAAAUAUAUUCGAGUCAGAGUCUAAAUGAAGAAUCUUCUCAAGAAGAUACCAGGACACUAUCAAUUUCAAUCCCCGAAUCAAGUACAACAGCAAUUAGUUUACUUACAGAUUUGAGUGCAGAAGGUCAAACAAUUGAAGAGGAAACAUCAGAACUUGCAAGAUCUGUACCUCACUUAACAACAGAAGAAAGCAGUUCAUUUCAAGAAUCUAGUGCAGAACAAAAUGAAAUGACAGAAGUUCCAUGGACACUGUCAACAUCACUUCCUCAAUUAAGUUUAAAAACUAUAAAAAUAUAUUCGAGUCAGAGUCUAAAUGAAGAAUCUUCUCAAGAAGAAUAUAGGACACUAUCAAUUUCAAUCCCCGAAUCAAGUACAACAGCAAUUAGUUUACUUACAGAUUUAAGUGCAGAAGGUCAAACAAUUGAAGAGGAAACAUCAGAACUUGCAAGAUCUGUACCUCACUUAAGAACAGAAGAAAGCAAUUCAUUUCAAGAAUCUAGUGCGGAACAAAAUGAAAUGACAGAAGUUCCAUGGACACUAUCAACAUCACUUUCUCGAUCAAGCUUAAAUACUAUAACAACUACUGAAACUUCCGAGGAACCGCUUUGUUUGUGUACUUGCGUAAUUGAUCCUGAUGAGGAUCUUUGCUCGUGUAAUUGCAAAAUAACAAAAAGUAUACCGACAGGAAGAACUACUUCACAGCAUUCUCAGUGGGAUGGUUCCUCAACGAAGCCGCUCGAGCUUAAUAGGACACAACACCUAACAACUGCUGACACUACACAAAACUCUACAGCCAUCGGAGUUUUGUCUAAGGAACCCACGCAACCCCUUACAUUUUCGAAGUUAAGCACCACACAAAUUAUUACUGAAAAGAGCACAUCCAAUAAUUUAUCGGUGCAUUCUUAUAUUGAUAAGUCAACCAUAUCAACUGAGCCAUAUUCUGAUACGAAAACUUCCACGUACUCCACAUCCGUCGGAGUUUUGUCUGAGGAAAGUUCAAAGUUAAACAAACAAAAUAUAACCGAGGAAACCACAACUAAUAUCUUAUCGUUGCCUUCUAAUAUUGCUACGUCAACAACAUUAACUCAGCCACAUUCUUAUACGGACAAAACAGAAACAAUACGAAACCAAACAACUGCUGGCCACACUACGCAGAACUCUACAACCAUCGGACUUUUGUCUAAGGAACCCACACAAACCCUUACAUUUUCAAAGUUAAGCACUACACAAAUUAUUACUGAAAAGAGCACAUCCAAUAAUUUAUCAGUGCAUUCUUAUAUUGAUAAGUCAACAAUUUCAACUCAGCCAUAUUCUGAUACGGACACUACCAAGUACUCCUCGUCCGUCGGAGUUUUGUCUGAGGAAAGUUCAAAAUUAACCAAACAAAAUAUAACCGAGGAAAGCACAACUAAUAUCUUAUCGUUGCCUUCUAAUAUUGCUACGUCAACAACAUUAACUCAGCCACAUUCUUAUACGGACAAAACAGAAACUAUACGAAACCAAACAACUGCUGGCCACACUACGCAGAACUCUACAACCAUCGGACUUUUGUCUAAGGAACCCACACAAACCCUUACAUUUUCAAAGUUAAGCACUACACAAAUUAUUACUGAAAAGAGCACAUCCAAUAAUUAUAUUGAUAAGUCAACAAUUUCAACUCAGCCAUAUUCUGAUACGGACACUACCAAGUACUCCUCGUCCGUCGGAGUUUUGUCUGAGGAAAGUUCAAAGUUAACCAAACAAAAUAUAACCGAGGAAAUCACAACUAAUAUCUUAUCGUUGCCUUCUAAUAUUGCUACGUCAACAACAUUAACUCAGCCACAUUCUUAUACGGACAAAACAGAAACAAUACGAAACCAAACAACUGCUGGCCACACUACGCAGAACUCUACAACCAUCGGACUUUUGUCUAAGGAACCCACACAAACCCUUACAUUUUCGAAGUUAAGCACCACACAAAUUAUUCCUGAAAAGAGCACAUCCAAUAGUUUAUCGGUGCAUUCUUAUAUUGAUAAGUCAACUAUAUCAACUGAGCCAUAUUCUGAUACAAAAACUUCCACGUACUCCACAUCCGUCGGAGUUUUGUCUGAGGAAAGUUCAAAGUUAACCAAACAAAAUAUAACCGAGGAAAGCACAACUAAUAUCUUAUCGUUGCCUUCUAAUAUUGCUACGUCAACAACAUUAACUCAGCCACAUUCUUAUACGGACAAAACAGAAACAAUACGAAACCAAACAACUGCUGGCCACACUACGCAGAACUCUACAACCAUCGGACUUUUGUCUAAGGAACCCACACAAACCCUUACAUUUUCAAAGUUAAGCACUACACAAAUUAUUACUGAAAAGAGCACAUCCAAUAAUUUAUCAGUGCAUUCUUAUAUUGAUAAGUCAACAAUUUCAACUCAGCCAUAUUCUGAUACGGACACUACCAAGUACUCCUCGUCCGUCGGAGUUUUGUCUGAGGAAAGUUCAAAAUUAACCAAACAAAAUAUAACCGAGGAAAGCACAACUAAUAUCUUAUCGUUGCCUUCUAAUAUUGCUACGUCAACAACAUUAACUCAGCCACAUUCUUAUACGGACAAAACAGAAACAAUACGAAACCAAACAACUGCUGGCCACACUACGCAGAACUCUACAACCAUCGGACUUUUGUCUAAGGAACCCACACAAACCCUUACAUUUUCAAAGUUAAGCACUACACAAAUUAUUACUGAAAAGAGCACAUCCAAUAAUUUAUCAGUGCAUUCUUAUAUUGAUAAGUCAACAAUUUCAACUCAGCCAUAUUCUGAUACGGACACUACCAAGUACUCCUCGUCCGUCGGAAUUUUGUCUGAGGAAAGUUCAAAGUUAACCAAACAAAAUAUAAGCGAGAAAAGCACAACAAAUAUCUUAUCGAUGCCUUCUAAUAUUGCUACGUUAACAACAUUAACUCAGACACGUUCUUAUACGGACAGAACAAAAACAAGACGAAACCAAACAAGUGCAGAGCACACUUUCAAGUACUCUACAACUGUCGGAUUUUUGUCUGAGGAACCCACGAAUAAAACCUCUACAUUUUCAAAGAUAGAACCGACCGAGCACAUCAUCACCAAUACAAAAUUUACUGAAAAUGGCACAACCGAAUAUGUGAUAUCGCAAUCGAAUAAGACUUAUAGUGAUAGCCAAUUGAUCUCGACAACUGAAAAUGUUGAACUUACAGCAAGCUCACAGCCCACAGAUUUAAAUGUGUGGAAGGAAAUCGACAAAAGACUUGAUGACCUACAAAAUAAGUAUACGAUUCGAGAUAACAACCCUUUAGAUAAUUCUGAGUUUAAGGAAAAAUUUAGUCAGAUAAAUUCGUCGAUACAUUUGAACCAACUUCCGGGUAAUAUUAGAGCUAGUCUGUAUGCAAAUUUCACGAUUUACGACAAGAUAAGAAUCGAACUGGAAGCCAUAAUUUUAUUUAAGCUCAAUCAAAUUUUGGAAAAUAUGAACACAACGAAAUCGACUCCAGCGUGCAUUGAUCAUUAUAAAUACAUGGCCAAAAAUCUAUUAACGGGCUUGUCUAUGUCAAAUACUGAAAAGUGGAACAUAAUAAGAAAAAGUCACCUAAUAUGUCAUAUAACUCAGAAUAUAACAGUCACUGAACCAACAGUACCGCCCACCACUCAAACUUCCACAGUCUCAAAAACUAUGGGAGGAUUUGCUGCAUAUUAUUGUAAUCAACAGAUAAUGAACUUAAUCGUUACAAAAUAUUCUCUGAGCCCAAACAAUGAAUCGAUUCCAAUUUCACCAAAGGACCCGUGCACUUCAAUACUACAAAAAAUAAGUCAAGCUCAUCAGCAUAAUGAUUCCAGUCACAGUGCGGAAUUUGACAGCAUAAUUGUAAAGAUAAACACAGCAAUCAAACAGAAUUUUACAACUAACAAAAAAGCGCUAUUAAUAAGGGAGUACUUGGAGUUUGAAAAAUUGCGAAAAUAUCUUGAUCAUAUUUUGGCUGGAAAAAUUGAGGAAUGCGAUAUGCGGCUUGCAGUAGUUAAAAGUAGAAAGUGUUGGAACUAUUACACAAAACUGAAAGUGAUGUUCCAUAAGGCAAUGCAAGAGACGAGUGCCAGAAAACAGUAUUUAAUAGGUAAUAUAUCAAUGGUAUGCAGUGAUAACAUUGUGUGAACAGAUAAUUUGUUAAUGUGAAAACAAAUAAAAUGGCUUAAGAAUUGAAAAUAGUAAGCAAGAUGAAUAUUACUUGUAUAAUUUCUGCUUCUUUACUUUCAUACGACAAUUGAUCUCCCAUU